ACAUCUUUUCAACGGAAAAAGGCUCGCCGAUGUGGGGGAGGAGCCCAAAAGGGAUUGUGGGAGAAAGGCUCUUUCCUUUCCGUCUGGCGGCAGCCAUCAGAUCAAAGGUAACCCAAGAUGGGCGCUUACAAGUACAUCCAGGAGCUAUGGAGGAAGAAGCAGUCGGAUGUAAUGCGCUUUCUUCUCAGGGUGCGCUGCUGGCAGUAUCGCCAGCUCUCUGCGCUCCACAGGGCCCCCCGCCCCACCCGCCCCGAUAAAGCGCGCAGGCUGGGGUACAAGGCCAAGCAAGGUUAUGUCAUAUAUCGGAUUCGAGUGCGCCGCGGUGGCCGCAAACGCCCCGUUCCUAAGGGUGCUACCUAUGGCAAGCCUGUCCAUCAUGGUGUCAACCAGCUCAAGUUUGCCCGAAGCCUUCAGUCUGUUGCAGAGGAGCGAGCUGGACGCCACUGUGGGGCUCUGAGAGUCUUGAAUUCUUACUGGGUUGGCGAAGAUUCCACCUACAAAUUCUUCGAGGUUAUCCUUAUUGAUCCAUUCCAUAAAGCUAUUAGAAGAAAUCCUGACACCCAGUGGAUCACCAAACCGGUCCACAAGCACAGGGAGAUGCGAGGGCUGACGUCUGCAGGCCGCAAGAGCCGUGGCCUUGGAAAAGGUCACAAGUUCCACCACACUAUUGGUGGUUCUCGCCGUGCGGCUUGGAGAAGACGCAAUACUCUCCAGCUCCACCGUUACCGUUAAUACAAGUAAUGUUUGUAAAAUUCUUACCUAAUAAACAAUUUAGGACAGUCAUGUCUGCUUAAAAGUGUUCUUUAAUUUGUCUGUUAAAAAAUUAGUUGUCUGGAGAUUGUUCAAUGAAUGCAUUGUCAAAUUCUGAAAGUUAAAGUGCAAUAAUGUUUGAAGACUAUAAGUGAUGGUGUAUCUUGUUUCUAAUAAGAUAAACACUUGUGUCUUUGCUUUAUCUUAUUAGGGAGUUUAUAUGUCAGUGUUUAAAAUGCUGUUUGGUAUAAUAGGUGUAAAAUAAAUUCUGUAAAAGUGGAAUGCAGAAGUUAGCCAUGUAGAUUUGUUGGUGCAUGUAAUGAAACCUACAGCUUCAUUGGGGUGAUGUUAUGCUCUGUUGGCUUACUCUCAAAUGGCUGUUCUUAGAGGGUUGGUAAGAACAAACUUUAAAUUGGAUUUUGGCUUGGAAAUAUGAAGAAUAUCCUAAUCUUUUAUGGUCAUAUGCAGAAAAAUGUUAACGAGGAACCACAUUUUUAGGUUGAAUCAGGAUACUCGAUUCACAUAACUGCUGCUCUGAAAGAAUAGUUAAAAGUGCCAGCAUUUUUAGGUGAAUUGAAUAAACCUUUUGCAAGAGGAUUCUCUUAGAAAUGAAAUUCCUCCUUAACCAAAGCAAAAUUGCCUUGGCCUACUCGGAACCAUAGAGUAUCACAUAAAAGAUGGAGGCUCCUAGUUCAAGUCCAUGACUCCAUGGGAUCUGUAGAAUACUGAAUUUUCUACAAAGCAGUAAUAUUUACACUGGUCUGUAUUAAAACUGGUGGAAAUUGAACAUUAGGUAAAUGAGAAGACUACCUUAGGAUUGGUAAGCUAGUAACCCAUCUAAAGCUAAGAUUGGAAAACUGGUAGCUAUCAGGUAACCUUUUAAUUGUGGAGGAUAAAAAAAAUUGGUGUUAAAUGGUGUUCGUGACCAUUUUGAACCCACUAGUAAAGUACAUUGUUGCUUUUUCCAAGUCCUAUGUCCUCAACCCACCUUACUCAUUCCCACAGGCUACUGAGAAGUCAAGUAGUUGGGGUCAGUACAAGUUUAUAAUCCUUUUGUAUUGUCCACAGUCAAUUCUCAUCUUUCCCCUUAACCCCUCAAAAUCGUGGCCAUUCCAUAAACUUGCCAGGCCAUCAUUUAUGCUCCGCUUGAUAAGCUUUCCACCACAUUCUGCUUCUGUUGUCUUCCUUCCAGUAGAUGAGGUUUGUUUCCCAGGGUGAACUUGAGUGUGUAGGAAAUACAGAAGAGGAAUUGUCCCAGUUCUAAGUUGGCUCGUUUAAUCUAGUUUUGAUUUCAAAAUCUAAUUGCUGGUUUUACUUGAACCAAUUCUGUUUUUUCCCAAGGGUUUUAGGCUGAGAUGAUUUCCAGAAAACAGGCUUUAAAAACUCUUGAGAUCUAAAUUUCUUUGCACUCAGAGAUCUUAAACCAUAUAUAUUUUGUGUGUAGAGGUGGUUCAACUAAAGGAAUAAAUGUUCAUUAAAACAAAUGGACCUGCUACCUUUUGUCACCUAAUAAUAUACUUUAAAGAAGCAAACCAAGUACCCUUAUCUACCAAAAAUUGUAAUGGCAGAAACAGUCAAUUUGAGAGGAAAUAAAAUGUAUAGUACUUAGUCUUGAAA